GGACGGCAGUCAUGGCGGAGUUCGGUUCGGGCGGUCUGCUCGCGGCUCUGCUGCUCUUCACAGCCCUCACCUUACGGGAUGUUUAUGUGUCAAACCGGCGCCUUUCCAGAACCGAACCGGAGAGCGGGAAACCCCCAAAAGCGGCGCUGUACUCCGGCCCAGUGCUCCAGUUCCGCUACUGCAUCUCCUGAGGCUACAGUAAAGUCUUCCAGGAAUACUCCCAGGCCAUCAGCCAGGUGUAUCCAGACAUCCGCAUCCAGGGGGAGAACUACCCUCCCACCCCGCUCAACAGGUUCAUCGGUAACCUGGUCUCGUAUCUGAAGCUUGUCUCCAUCCUCCUCAUCAUCAGCGGUCAGAACCCUUUCCCGCUCCUCGGUACCGACACGCCUGCGGUUUGGACCUGGACUCAGAACAACAAGAUCUUCUCGUGUCUGAUGGCCUUCUUCAUCAGUAACAUGAUGGAGACUCACUUCCUGUCUACGGGAGCCUUCGAGGUCACGCUGAACGACGUUCCCGUCUGGUCCAAGCUGCAGUCGGGUUACGUUCCAAACAUUCAGGAAAUGUUCCGGAUCCUCGACACGCACCUGAAGAUGAACCAGGCCGACCGCGUCGCCUUCGCCUCCGCUUAGAGCUGCGCCACCUUCUCCUGAAUCAUCUGACCUCUGACCUGUCUCCCAGCCGUGCUGCAUUCAGGCUCAGUGGGAAAUUCAGCUGUUGGCGUUCAUGAAGGCGCGGCCUUAAAGCGGAUCUGCCGGGCUGCGCCGGAUGUCUCUGCCUCCAUACUGAUUCCCAUGAUGCAGUGGGCCAUCAGCUGGCGUGGACGACGGUCACAUGACUCUCACUCUCUGUUGUCAUUUGUUACAUUCUUGGUUUAUGAAUCCAAUUGGCCCGGUUCUGGCACCGUCGGAUCAGUUUAUUUUGUUUUAUUUAAAGUUUGGGCUUUUAUUGUGAAAACAGGAAGCUGGUCACAUCAACCUUAAUGUUCAGCUGAUGGAUUGUCUCCAGCUCAAAUAAAAAGUCUUAAAGGAAAA